AUGUCAACAGCAGAACCACAACUACGCGAAAAAAGUCCAUUGCUCAGACAAAUUAAAGGUGUAGAUGGAACAGCAUCAGAGAUCGGAGUAUAUAAAUCUGCACCAACAAUGAUAAACUUAAAAGAUAUUGAUAGCUCGAACGGAAAGAUUGAUUCAGAUCGAGAUGAAGAGACUGGCAAGUUCUUUAAAAUUAUACGUCCAUUACUAGUUGAAUUGAUUGGUACAUGUAUCUUUAUCCUAACUGGUAUGUUUGGAGCAUGCCACGAUAAUGAAAAUAUACAUCCUCUUAUCCCAGCAUUUGUAUUUGGCCUAACACUGAUGGCAUUUGCAGCCAGUUUUGGACAUAUUAGUGGUGUUCAUUUUAAUCCGGCUGUAACACUUGGCAUAUUUAUUGCCGGACAAAUAGGACUAGUUAUGGCUAUUCUCGACCGUUACAGUACUUGUGCUGGCGGGUCCACAUUUCUUGGCCCGGCUGUGAAAUGGUGGGAAGGCUUACUUAUUGAAUGUACUGUUACAUUUCUCUUAGUAACUGUAAUACUAAUGGUCGCUGUCGAUACUAAGUCGAAGACGAUUUUGGCUCCUAUAGUCAUCGGAUUAACAUUAACGGGUGGCAUCUUGGGAGCAGCUACAUUCACUGGUGGUAGUUUAAAUCCAGCACGAAGUUUCGGGCCAUCGCUGAUUGCAAAUCAAUGGAGAGCACAUUAUAUUUAUUUUGGUGGACCACUACUAGGAAGUUUAGUGGCCGGGUUCCUCUACAGGUUAGUCUGGGCACACACUGAUCGUCGUUAUCCAAAACAGAGAAAGCACUGA